GUUGUUUUGAAACCACACCUCCAUGUUUAUGUGUCAAAUGUGUCAUACCUUCAAUUAAUAACAAUAAUAGGUGAUAAACGCCCUGAAAGUGCUAUAAGGGGUUAAAAAUGAGUUACGGCACGAAAUCUCCCACACAGGGGCCACCGUCUGUUUACUCCCACGUAACGACUCGUUCCAGUGCUAAUUUACGAAGCAGUAGAAGUGUUAAAUCACUCAAAACACCGUGGUAUCAAAAACCUUUGAUUACAGAAGCUAUUUUUUUGGAUGUACAGAGAGCUUCGUUGCUAACAGCCAUAUUUUCACUGUGUUUGUCGAUAUUCACUGCAAUCACAGCAGUCUUUGAUAUUUAUUGUUAUUCCAUGGCCGCCCCUGGUUCAGCGCACUACGGAUAUUUUAUUAUAUCAUACGAGUUUGUUUAUGUUGGUUCUAAACAUGUGAGGAAUGCGCUGAUAAUGUUUGCAGCUUUCUCUAUAUUAUUCUCUGUGGCUGUAUUUGUGACCAGCAUUAAGCUAAUUUUAGCUUUACGGAAGGAAUAUGAAAAUAAAAUGUUGCCUUGGCUAUACGUAUUUGGUCCUUUUACUGUGUUCAGAUUUUUGGCCUUCUUAUUUUUCUCCAUUGUCAACGAUAUGAUUUUUACGUACAAUAUUUUUAUGUGCCUACUUUGGACAUUCUUCAUCAUUGUAAGUGUGUAUGGUUGGGUUUUAGUAUACUCCUUGUAUAUUGAGCUAUCUGAUUUGACAAAGUUGGAGGAUUUGGCACAUUUAAGGAUGGGCACAAUGCAGUCCCUGAACGCUUCUACAGUCCCAUCUCUUGCGGGAUCUCGUCCUACAACCCCUCACAGCACCGUAUCCACAAUGCCAGCGUAGAUUUAACAAUCGGAGAUCUGACAACAACGCCACGAAGACACCCGAACAUACCCGAAGCGGGUACUUCGCACUCUGAAUCGUUCAUGACCGAUCACAUCAACAUAUCUACGAUAUCUUAGUACCAAUUUUUUUGAUUUUAUCGAAUUAUAUUUCAGGAUUUAACAGGGGAUUCACCUAGCUUAUUCAUUAAACCUGGUGAUAUCAACAUCAUUCAAAACAAAACAAUGUUUUUUAUUGAAAUAAUAAUUACACUAAUCAAUGUAUUCUACAUUCGUAAAAUUCUUCAGGACACGACAAAUACCCCUCACUGUCAUAAUAUGACAGUGAAAUGUAUUUGUCGUCCCCUUAAAAAAUUUUGCGACAUAUUAAUGUAUAUUUAUUUAAAAAUAUUAAAUAAACAACUUGACCUCUAAACCAUAAGUUGAAUGACAUUAUUUCAUAAAAAGUAAAAUUGGAAAAUUUUGCGGGAUAAGUCAGAUUAGAUUGAAGUUGAAGAUAGUUAGGAUUAUUAUACAUAAAAAUGUUAAUUCAGAAAUAAAAAAUCGGUAUACAAAGUAAUAAAUAUUUAUUUUCAACAUAAAAUAAAAUACCUAUAGUAAAAGUAUUUUCGUUAUCGAAUAUUGUUUUAAUUUGACCAAUAACUAAAAAAAAAUAUUUUGGAUUGUGUUUUUUACUUAGUAUUUAAUACUAAUUACUAAUUAUGUACUUAAGUAUACCUUUAUAUGUAGUUUAUUGUAUAUUUUACUAUUAUAUGGGUAACUGAACUAAAUAUGCUUAACAGGAAUAUUCCUAAAUGAACUUUCUAUAGCAAUUACUUUCUUAACAUUCUAAGCAUAUGUUAAGAGUAGACUAAUUUUUACCACUAAAACUUUGCACCUUCUAAGAACCUGCCUAUAGGCCAGUAAGAAUAUUCUUAGGAUCAUGCUAUAUGUCUUUUAAGCAUGUUCUUUAGAAGAAAUAUAGCAUGAUUCUAAGAAUAUUCUCACUGGAAGGUUUCAAAAACAUUCUUAGAAUAAAGUGUGCAAAAAAGUUUUAGAAAGAACUAUAAGAACUUUUAAUAAUAACCCCACUCAGAAAGUGAGACAAGCGUUUACUGUAUUGUCCCAUGAAGAAAUUUUGAGAAAAACUUGUAAAGGUUUCUUUCGACAUAUCAAUGUGUGUCGUGAACAACACUGGCGAUAAAUUAAACAAUUACUUCAGAUUUGUUUUAUUUGUUACAUUUAUUUAGUUUAUUUUUCAAUAUAAUUUUUAAACUUUAAAUUGAUAAUUAUUUUGUCGUUGUUUAUUGCGAAAUAAAACAAAUACUUAAUAAAAGACAAUCCAAUGCACACUUCCAAUAUUGCAAAUAAGCAAAUAAGCGGUAUUUUACAUUUUUUGUAAUAUCUCUAAAACUAUUCAUUUUAUGUAUAGGGAAUGCUGCAGCAUUUCAAUAGAAAACAUUAUUUUGUGUUAAAAACUGUUAAAAAUAACAAAAUAAUCUAAUUUUAGUAUUUCUAGAUUUUACGUGGAAUUUAAAAAUGCAAUAAAAUUUUAAUUUGAUAAACCAUUUAAACUUCUAAUAAAUAAGUUAGGUAAAUCACCCUGUUUAAAUUAAAAUUAGGAAAACAUUGUAUGUUGUAAAAUAUGCACAUAGGUAGGUACAAAAUAUACGUUUAGAUAUGGUAAGUUACAAAAUUUGAAUAUCAUUUUAUUUUUAUAGUAUUAUUACUCAAGUUAAAUUAAUGUUUAAUGGGUUGCCUACCCAUACAUAACUAAUCUUAGUUUUAUAUUUUUUUAUUAGUUUAGUUAUUAAGUAAGAGAAUCUCUAAUGUUAUUUAAUUUAAUCAUGUGACAUAUUAAUUUUUAUUAAGUAUAUGUUAUUAGCACAAUUCAAAUAUUUUAUAUGAAUAUGAUAUUUAUUAAAUUAGGUUAAUGUUUAAGCAAAAUAAACCGUCCAAGAUGUGCUUUCUGUUAAAAAAUAUUUAUACAUUUCUUUUGUAUUGUAUCCGUCCAUUUUUUAUGAAUAUACACCCAUUUGCUAUAAAUUUAGUUUUAUUUAUUUUCAGUGGUAAAAAAUCUUUGAAUACAAAUAAUUGAGGUAAUGUUUAUGUCAGUGGAAGAGUUAAAUACAAAAAUAAUUUAAUUAUUUAUUAAUCCUCAUACUCUAAUAUCUCGUAAAAAUCACCCACUUUAAGUGCAACCCCUUUAUCCGACUUAAUUUCACUGGGCAUAUUCGUAGUGUCUUCGACCACUAAAUCUUCAGUAUCCCCCAAUAAAACUUUCUUCCUCUCAUUCAACUGUUUUUUAGCGUUGUUUAUGCUGUCUAUAAUAUUUUUUUGCACUUUCACACUCUCCUCCAAGUACUCCAAAGUUUGAUCCAGCGAUUUUAAAACUGUAUACGAUUCUUGGUUCACUGAGUGUUGUAUGUAAUACUCUCCUGUGUGUACAAUCUUACCAUUCAUGUAAAUAUUCUCCGCUAGAGGUAUUAAAGCGUCUUUUUCCGGAUAGCAACUCAAAAACUUUAUAUCCUUCUCUGCCAAUACAAGUUUUUCCAAGUUAUACUCUGUUUCUCUCAGUAAAUCAUCGUUUUUAGCGAUAUCGUUAUUCAAGUGCGUUAAAAAGUUGCUUCUGUCACUUAUUUCUUUAAUUAUCUUGGCUGCCAUGGCUUUAAAACUAUGGAAACAUCGUUUUUGUUUACCAAAACGUUGACGUUUGUUUUUGAGGUUAGACAGUGU